AUGGUGUUAGAAAGCAUAGCUCGGGUCAUCAAAGUGCAGCUCCCAGCUUACCUGAAGAGGUUGCCAGUCCCAGACAGCAUUGCUGGCUUCACCAGGCUGACAGGUAAAUGCAUGUUUGAUAGUGAACACUGCCCUCCUCCUCCACACCUCACUAAAAGUGCAACGUGCUGCACCGUGAUUGUGUAUUCCCAAUGACAUUAUAACAUGUAAAUACAAUGUGUCUCCCAUGUAUAAUAGUACUAAUCUAGAAAUGUCACAGGAAUUGGCAGAAGGGUGCAAAACUAACUAAAAGUGUAGAGUAAACUUUUUUUCUUUGUACCGCACAUUGCAGUCCUGUUUACACUGCCAUUCAAUGUAAAAACCAGCAGUGCUCCCAUUAUGCUUGGGGUAUAUAUAGUUUGCAUGCACAUGUAAAAUCUAAAUUUGCAAACUUAUUUUCCAACAGAAUGUGGGUGUAUUUUAAAGUCUUAUAUUGCAUCAGCAAGUGACGUGUAAGUCUGUAGUCUCAUUUGGCAGAUAAGAUCAUUUUUUGCCUUUUAAGGGAUCACUCUCCUGUAGGGUGAAAUGGAGACAGAAAGUUUGUGGGUACAGACUUUGCAGACUGGGUGCAGCCUAUGGGACGUUGCUCUGCUCAUUAGGACAGUUUACUGUUGUUGAUGACAUGGCUCAUAAACACUCACUAUGGACUAAAAAAACAACUAUUCUUUUUAUAUAUACGCAGGAGUUACGCUAUUUGCAUAGCUGUUUUCAUGGUGGGAGGAGGCUUGUAUGUAUGCAACUGUAUUAAGAUAUGGGGGUUUUUAAGAUUUUUAAAUAAACAAAUAAGAAGCUAGCAGUCUCCCACUAAAAAAAAUAUGCAAAAACCUCUUCACAGCUUAGACAAAUGUCUGUAACUGCAGUUCUUUCUCUUGUAGGAACAAUGGGCACAGUGCUAUUACAUGCUUUAAUGUUUGCUUUUGCAACAAAAAAAUAAAUAUGCAAAAAAGUUAUUUUUCUUGAUGCAUUUUAAAAAAAAUUAUUUUAUUUAUUUUAUCUAAGAUAAUUAAAUGACCUUCCAUUUCAACUUACCACAGCAAAUGUUCAUUUUUUAAAUUAUUAUUAUUAUUAUUAUUAUUUUAAAGUAGAUAUCCAUUGCAAUUUCAUAUGAGGCAUUUCAUCAUUUUCUGUAGCAAUUGAUUUUACACUUUUUUUUUUAAAUUCUUUUUUAGCUGUGCAUGAGAUAACAAAAGCGUGUUUGAAGCCAUGUCAGCAAAGGCAAGCAUAGUAAUAUCAAACUGUGUGAUACAAAAACAUGGCAUUGAAUCAAUAGCACAUUUUUUUUUUUUUUAAAGGUGAAGAAAGUAAUAGAAAGGACAAAACAUAAUAGACUAUGAGCUAACAGUAUUGUGUCCCAGGAUGCCCCCACCCACAAGGCCUCUAUUGAUAUUUGAAAGUUAAAUUAGGUUAGCAGGGUGAAAUUCAGCAUAGUCACAGAUGGCUAAGAAUAACGUUUGGAUAUAGAAAUACAAUGAAAGGCUUGUUUCCCUCAGUGUCAUAGGUAAAAGAAAAAUAAAUGGCCAUGAGACCCCAUCUUCUCUCAGCCUGUGCCCUUCAGGGGCUACACACAGUCUGCUAACAUGGAAGGGCCCCACAAUGCUAGUACUUGUGAACGACUCAGAAGCCUCCUCCUCACCGCUUGUCUCACAAGUACCUCUGUCUCUCUCAUGGCCACCGGCAUGAGCCACAACGAAUGGCAGGGUACAGUUUGGGAUAAGGAUACCAUUGAAGGCAAAAAAAUCACCAGGUUGAGGCAUUCAGGUGGCUCAGAAGGCCCUUGCUCGGAUCCAGUCCCUCGGAGUGAAGCAGGACAAGGCCAGUGCUUGGCAAAUUUACCAUGUUAAUAAACGGAUAUACUUGCUUGUCCAUCCCAACACGUACAUACCAUAUAACAUAACUGACAUUUAUUGAGUUUUCUAUUUAUUUUUACCAUAAAAUUGUACCCAGUUCCCCAAGAACAUUCAGUGAUCUACCUAGUUAUUACUAGUGGUAUGACAUUUCUCGUAUACAUGAUGUUCUGCUACUAAGUAUAAUAUGAAAUAAAAUCCUCUGUUGCAAUAGUUAAAUUUUUUAACUUAAAACUUUGUUUCCCGCCCCAUCUAUAUCAUUGUAUAACUCCGUGCAUUAGAUCUAUGCAAAUUGAGCCCUGACUCCAACCGGGUUACAAAAGCAGAUUUUAACCCUUUGGGAAAGCAAUUUUGAAUAAACACGGGCAGGAUUAUUUAAUAAAGUGAGAAUUGUAGGGACUUUACAGUGAAUUUUAAAUAAGUCCAAAGUAGCCGAACUGGCAGAAUAGCUGACUUGAAGAAUUUUCUCAGUUCAGCUAUUUUGGCCUUAAAAUUUAAAUUCAAUUUUCAUUUACUUAGAUUUCCCACAUUCGUCCCUCAAGUAAAUGGCACUGAGGGAUGCUUGGAGUGGAACUACCUAUUUGUGUAUUAAAGGUUGCUGGCUUUCCAUGGUUGCAGAUAGUUUCUUUAGAUUGUAAACACAUUUUGACAAGGCUCUCUUUGCCUACUGCUCCUUUAUUUCAUACAUGCUUUAGGAUUAAAUGUUUGUCUUGUUUAGCCCUUAGAAAGAUUUGUUUGCUGAAUAAAUAAUUAUAAUUGUGUUUUACAGCAAGGAACUGGAUGGCCACAGAGAGGUUAAGUGCUUAGUUAGAUUUAAAUAUGGCAAGGUAUCACAUACUGUGUGUCCCAGUGGCUGCUGGGAUGCAUCUGAAAUGUACAUCAGCCUUGGUUUCCCCUGUUUCAAACCCAAUGUGGCCUGUUAAAUACUCCCCUACUACCUCUAGGCUAUAAGCUUGUUUGAGCAGGGUCCUUAACUACCUGUGGCUGUUACAUUUGGCUAUUGUCUCACUUGGUAGAUUUCCCUCUUUUUGUAAAGUUCUGCGGAAUAAGCUGGUGCUAUAUAAAUAAUAACCAAUAAUAAUACUUUCUGAAUGUAAAGUUUUUAUCUUCUAAAAACAGCUGUUUUUAUCCUGGUUUUUGUUGUGGCUCAGUGAGGCCACUGGGAGCUAUAAUCUUUAAGCUCCUGCACAGUUGAAAAUGAUAUCUCCAGUUUUAGGAGAAAGGGGUUCUAUUAAGAUCUAUCUCUACUGUCUUCAGCAGAGUUAUACGUUGGCUCUCUUACAAUGGAAGUAGUGUGUAGACGUUUUAAAAAAUGUAUUUAUUUUAAUUAAAAUAAAUGUUUGCAGAUCAUCCCUGUUGCUCACUUUGGCUGAAAGGUUUUAAUCAGUCCUAAUAUAUAAAUAUAUAUAUAUAUAUAUAUAUAUAUAUAUAUAUGUGAACGCUUGGCACUCACCUCCAAAAAAUAUAAAUUUGUAACUCACAUGCCUGGGUGCAAAUUGUUGGCGUCAAAUAUAUAAACAAAAAUAAAAAUCAAAAUGCACUCACAGGUCUUCUGGUUAAUAGGAAAACUGGUGCUUUAAUAAAUCAUCUGUGAUGUACAAAAAAAAUCAAUCGACGUUUCGACCCUGCCGGGUCUUUUUCAAGAUCUUGAAAAAGACCCGGCAGGGUCGAAACGUCGAUUGAUUUUUUUGUACAUCACAGAUGAUUUUUAUUUUUGUUUAUAUAUAUAUAUAUAUAUAUAUAUAUAUAUCUAUAUAUAUCUCUCUAUCUCUAUCUCUAUCUAUCGUAGAACUGACACAUGCGCAAUGUCACUUAUGCAAGUCCAAUACUGCAUCAUCAGUAUAGGGACUCACAGCAGAUUACUUUUUAAGGACCCAAAACUCGAUCACAUUUUAGUAUUUUUAAGGUAAAUCUAUCUGCAUUGCUGUUAAUGGGUAGACUAUGAUUACCAUUUCCAAGUAAUAAAAGUAGUUAAAUAAGUUAAUUUGUGAUUGGAGAUAUUUUGUUACAUAAACUGAAUCCUAAAUAACUUGUAAUUUUCUUUAGUUUCAGAAUGGUUGCGGUUAUUGCCGUUCCUUGGUGUUAUGGCACUGCUUGGAUACCUUGCUAUUCGACCAUUCUUAGCAAAAAAGAAACAACAAAAAGAUAGCCUAAUAAACCUUAAAAUUCAAAAAGAGAACCCCAAAGUAGUGAAUGAGAUCAAUAUAGAGGACCUGCACCUUGCUAAAGCUGCAUACUGCCGAUGUUGGCGCUCAAAGACCGUAAGUACUUUAUUACUGGAUAAACUUAAUUAGGUCAGGGAAUGCAUAUAUUUAAUAGUGGAAAUAGACUUUUUUUUUUCUUAUGUUCUCUAAGCUUAAAACAGACUAUAUUUGAACCCAGUACCAUUUAGACCUUUGUAAUAUUAUACAAGUUACAGAACUUUUUGUUUAAAAUACUGGUUUAUUUUGAGCCAUACCGCUCCAUAUUGAGAUGUUUAGAAGCAAACAGGAAUGAGUCUUUGUUCAGAAGUGUGAACAGGGGGCCAAAUGCAGAAUAGUUGGGAGUAUGCUUCAUUAUGUGAAACACAUGUUUGCACACAGAAUUUCUUAAAGGCGCUACUCGAAGCAUCCUAAUCACUGCAUGAUUAUGGUGCCAGGAGUGCCCUGGUGUAUUCAAACUGUUUAACACUUGCCCUGGUGCCUGCGGUCUAGCCCUUCUUCACAGAUAUCCUUAAGAGAAAGUUCCUACUUCUGCAUUAAUAUAAACUACAUCCAGCAUUAGAAAUGUCCUAUUCAGAUAUAUCUGUGAAAAAGACCACGAGUGCCCAGGGGAUCCUGGUAAGUGUAAAACUUUUUUAAAAGGUUUUGAUUCUUAAAAUGGCAGCAUGCCAGGGGAUUCUUGGCACCAUACCGCUACAGCGUGCAGUAUUUUGUUGCUUGGAGUGCAUUUCUAACUUGGAUCUAAAUAAUGUUUGUGUUAAGGGCUCAUGAUAGUACAGAAGAUACAAACACUGAUAAGUGUGGGAUAGUGUGAAAGAGCAAGUCGGUUGUGGUGUGCCGGAACCGACGAUGAGGUAGGCCUGCAAAUAAAGAGGGCCCACCAAUAAGAAAUGUAUGAGAAAAAGGAGUUAAUAAAAGAGGAGUGGGUGGGAGGGUGAUGCAGCGCUGACCUCGAACGGUAUGGAGCCAGGUAAGGGGUGUCCCUUAAGUAGGGAGAAGGUGAGUCAUACGCCCCUCCCACAAUUACAGGCCAAAAGGCCUUAAUACUUGUGUUAAGGGCUCAUGAUAGUACAGAAGAUACAAACACUGAUAAGUGUGGGAUAGUGUGAAAGAGCAAGUCGGUUGUGGUGUGCCGGAACCGACGAUGAGGUAGGCCUGCAAAUAAAGAGGGCAAAAGUAGAAAAUACACUUUAUUACGAAAUGAGCAGUAUACAUACUUCAACCAGACAUAUCUUGAAAGGCAUUUCUAACUUCUUGUACCGGGUUAGGUAUGUAUCUAGAGUAUGCAGAAGACUUCCAGCGCCCUAGUGACUUGAUAACAUGUACUGGAAUGUUUGCACUGGACGCUGUGGAGGCCGCCCCUAUGCGGAAGGAGUGGCCCGAAUAGUUAGCUGAUUUUAGGCCUAGUUGUGUAAGUAGGGACCUGACGUGGGUCAUGAAGGUGGUGGUAGUGAGUACCGAACCUUGUAGACAGAAAAGUGGUUGAGAUGGUGAUGCUUUGAAAUGCUGAGUAUAGGUGUCCAGUAAUGUGACGGGGCACCACACGUUGUGGGUAGGAUAGUAUCUAACCUCUACCGGGGGUGCGUGUUGAUUGGUUUUGGAGUGAUGCAGAGCUAAAAUAUAGUAAUCCAUGUGUUUCGUUAAGUGUGAAUGAAGCAGAAUGUGAGUGGACUGGGAUGUGUUGAUGGCGGUAAAUUCUCUUGGUCUCAAGAAACCAUAAAAAGCUACGUAUAUGGCGGUUUUUAUAACAAGGUUUGUGUUGUUCGCAAAGGGUUUUGAAUCUAGUAGGCUGGAUAAAUCCUUGAAGAUAUUGAAGUCUAUAGGUAGCCUUUGCGCGGUACGUGGGGGUUCGGAUCUCUGGAUACCUCUAAGGAUGUUUUUAUCUGGUAGGAGGACAUGAAACUUGUGUUGUUUGGUUGUAAUGUUAGCAUGUGAUGUUGUAUGCCUGUCAGAUAUAGCUUGAUUGUGUUGUAAGAUAAUUUAAGUUUGAGGUGGCAAAAAGAAGCAAAACCUAACAAAGAUGUCAUGAUGAAAGGUUGUGUGGCGUUGUGCAGUGACAGGAAUCUUUAAAUAGAAGGAAAGCCCUGUCAUAUGUUCUCCGGGUAUUGGUGGACAGUGCUAAUUGUGCCAAUGUCCUGCUAUGUUGCAUAAUAGCUUCUAGUCCAUGACUAGCUGGUGGAAAGGUGGAGUGGUCGUGGCUGUACGUGCGGCUGACGGAAGUAUUUGCCGAAAAGCCUGAAAAUUGAAACGAGACAAAUUGUCAGCAGCCGUGUUACAAACACCUGGGACAUGGACACAAAACAAGAAGAAAUUAUGGCAUGCAGCCAGCCAGGUGAGUUUCCUCAAGAACCUCAUAAUGGUCAGUGACUUGGAUCGGCCUUUGUUUAUGAUGUGGCAGGUAGCUUGGUUGUCUGAGUGGCAACGUACUGACGAACCUGCCCAUAGAUGCCCCCAUGUCACGGCAGCUGCCACAAUGGGAUACAUCUCAAAUAGAGCUGAGGUAGUGGAAAACCCUUCCAGGUCCUGUACCUCUGGAGGCCAGCUACCCCAAAGCCAUUCAUUCCCGUAAAUUGCUGCAAAACCUGUGGUAGACGCCGCGUCUGACCAGAUGGUAGGUGAGGAGUCAGACAAUUUAGGGAGAAACAUGCUUUUCCCAUUCCAGGUGGUCAAAAAGUUUCUCCACAUAAGUAGGUCUGCCGUGGCUUGGGUAUCCAGUGGUAACCUGUGUGCAUCAUGUCUAAACAGUGGGAACAUGGUUAGGAGCCGUGAGAUGAAAGCCCGGCCUUGAGGUAUAAUGCGCAUGGCAAAGUUCAGUGACCCAAGUAGAGACUGCAAUUCUUUGCGAUUGCAAGUACCGAGGUGUAUGUAGAGGUUAAUGUUGGUGAGAAUGUUCUCUAUCUUGGUGCGUGGCAGGCUGGCUUGCAUGGUGGCUGAGUCUAGCAUGAUUCCCAGAAAGGUGAUGACUGUAUCUGGUCCUUCAGUUUUGGUGGGGGAGACUGGAACACCCACCUGUUUAAAAAGACUGAUGGUUUCUAUGAGGCUACUGGGAGGGGAAGUGUUCUCUUCGAUCAGUAAGAAAUCAUCCAGGUAGUGUAUAACUGUAGGGCAUCUGGCUACAUUUAAUAAUAACCAGCAUAAUGUUUCGGCGAAUACGUCGAAAAUGGCCGGACUACUUUUGAACCAAACGUUAGGCGUGAGAAAAAGUAGUAGUGCCCGGCCCACUUAAUGCCAUGCAGGUGCCAUAGUGUAGGGUGGAUAGGCAAUAAUUUGAAGGCAUUUGUAAUGUCAGUCUUGCUGAGCCAUGCUCCGACCCCUGCCUGCAUGAUAGCUGUAAUGGCGUGAUCUAUGGUGGAGUAUUGAAGUGAAAAUUCCUCAGAGGGGAUAAGGGAGUUCAGACUAGGUGAGGCAGAGGUGUGAGGUGCAGACAGAUCGAUGAUAAGUCUUUGUUUGUGGGAAGAUUUCCCUGUGACAAUACCGAUGGGGUUUGUCCGCCAUGUGGAAAAAGGAGGGGACUGAAAGGGUCCCAAUAGGAAGCCCUCUGCCACUUCUUUGGCUAUGAGUGUGCUAACCGCUGUAGGGUUUUGUUGUGCAGAUUGUAAAUUAGGACAUUCAAGGAUUCCUGAAGGCAUGUGUAUGAGACCAGUAUGGAAUCCUUGUGAUAGACCAGUGAUGAUGAAGUCUACCAAAUGUCUAGAUGGAUGUCGUGACAGUAAUGCCGUGAGUACAGAAAUAUUUAUCUCAGUUAAGUAUUGCUUAGGGUACAUUUUAUUUGGACACAUGGUUUUCGCAUGUGCCCUAAAACAUUUUGAACAUAUAUGCAAUAACCGACAACCGCUGUAAUUACAUGCACCGACAUUGAAAUUAUUACAUAUUUGGGACUUCCCCAAAAACUUGAUAGGUCGACCCAGUUUGUCUUUGGGUGUUCUCUCUGCUGACACAGCGGAGCUAGUGCCCUGCGAGGUGGUAGGUUCGUUCGCAGUGGUCGGACAAAAAUUGGCAGUAUGAGCCAUGGAGGAGCAGUGUGCACAGGCCGGUGCUCUUAGACCUGCAAAGUGCCUGCAAAAUAUGAUCGUAUCAAUCUUACUCCAGUUGGACCUUGUCCCGUACUGUGAGAAGGCGCCAGACACUUUGGCAGAAAAGGAUCUAUGGUAGUCAUAGAAAGCUGACCCACCAUAUUUGUUGCCCAGAUCAACCAGCCUGUGCAUAUAUAAGUCAAACUCCUCACGUCUGUGGGGAUAUACCGUACAGACCACAUCCCGAUAAAUGCCAAAAGCUAAUACAAAUUCUGGAAUGGUUAGCUUCCUAUUUAAUCGUGCAUCCCUGGAUUUGACCACCACAGAAAUAUCGUCAUAAGCGUAGGUCUUAUGUUCCACUAUAUCCUGGGAGGCAAUUAGUAGUGAGGCCAGAUUGACAUCUUUACCUUCCAGGAUAUCUCUCCUGAGGUGCUCAGGAAUCAUGUGGGCAGGGUAAACUUCUUGGUCAUCCGAGGUGAUAGCUGGAGAAACUGAUUGCGACUCCACCACUGAUGGGGGAAUUGCCGUGGCCGGUCCAGCCAUAGUGAGGGCUGUAGUGACCGAUUCAAGUUUCUCCAGCCUAGAAUUGACCUUGCUCAUGGAUGUCAUGAGGGACGUGAGCAUGUCAUGUAUGUUUCCUGGGUGGGACUGGCUCGACCCUUCCCCAGCGUCCAUGUUAUCGGUUGAGGUGUGUAAUAAUUUGUAAAGUUCCGCUUUCCUUGCUGUUGCUGGAAAAGGGAUUUGUCGUCUCCUGAGUUCGCUAGUGAUACGAGGGAUAGUCCAUGAUCUGAAAGAUGCUGGACUAGCCGUAUCUUCCUCCUGUGAUGGGGUGUUUGUUCUAGCCGGAGUCCUUGGGAUGGAGAAAUCCUCUACCCCUUCUUGAGACAUACUAGAUUACAAAGUAUAUGGUUAGCGUAAAAAACCCCCGAGGGGAUGUACUGGCAGGCUAAUUAUGCCGGAUGAGGCGAAAAAUUAAACUUGUUCUUUGGUGACAGGUGAGGCCCUGCUAGUUGCCAAGUGGCUAUGAGAGGCUCUAUCUAUGCGUUGGCGCGAGGGGUUAUUGAGGCCACCCGACGUAGUGGCAGGAAUUCGUAGGCCUCUCGGUGACAAUACAAGAAAACAGGGGAAGGGAGUGACAGGUGGCACCCUCUCUAUAAUGCGAGGCGGCUAACUCACGUGUGGCCCGGGGGGCAUUACCUCCGAAACGUUGAGGCGGGGUGUUGGCCUCGCGGACCACUAAACGAUAGGCAGAAUGCCCGGAGGGGGGAUACCUAUUUGGGCCUAUAACCCCUAAAAUUGCCAGUACUCUAUGUCCUAAGUAGAGGAGGAGCCAUAUGUGAUGUAUGGCGUGAGCAGGCUUAACGUACCUGGUAGUAUGUAUGCGUUUGAUAAGCGAUAGGUAGAGACUAAAGGGAUUGAAAAACCAAAUGUGAUAGUGUGAGAAUUGGAUCCUAUGAUACCAAUUUAGACUAGUUAGUUGUGAUGAGUUCUAGUAGUACAUAUGGAAGGGGAAUACAUGAAUGAUAUUGGCCCGACUGGUCCUGUAUGUGGUAUGGUAAUCAUGCUUGGGGGUGUGUAUGAUAUGUCUCUUAUGGUGACAAGAUUAAUGUGUAUGAUAUAGUAAUGCUAGUGUUUGUAGUAUAAUAAGGUGCAGGAUUUAAAACAAUACCGUAUAUGUUAGGCCGUAAACGUAAGCCAUGAAAAGAGGUAAGUACGAGGUACAGAAAUAUUUGAGAAAUUAUCCCAAAUUAGGAAACAAACGUGACGUAUGAGUGGUUGAAUCAAGACGUGUGAUUCAACCCGAAAGUUUGUGAGAUUUUAUGAGACCGUGUUCUUGUGUACUUGGUAUGUCGUUUGAGUACACAAAGAAAAAGUCAGAAUAUAUAAGUGCCAUGUAAGAAACGUGAGUACAUGGUAUGAUAGAAACGUAAUUUCUAAACAUAAUUUAUAACGUAAAUCCUACAAGAGAUAUCUGUAAAAUGUAAAAGCUUGUCUAAGCUUAACUCCAUAAAUAUAUGUAUAUAACAUGAAGAAUUUCAAUAAAACUUUAAUGCCAUAUCUGCUAAAAGAUUGAACCAUAACCUAAAUAAAUACUUAUUUAUAAGUAGUUAACAGGGGUAUUGCCCCAGUCAUAUGCAAGGAUUUCGUAAUUUGCAUAAAAUAAAUAACAGUAAUAACAUGAAACCAACUAUAGCUGCUGAUAUGCAGAACAAGUUUGCUUAAUACAAGAAAAACCGAAACCGAUAUGCCUGCCGGCAGCAAAGGGGUUAAUAUGCCUGUGACUUGGCCGUAAAGCGUGUGGCCGUAAAGUAAGGCCGUUUUAAAUCGCGACGCCGUGGGAAAUGAUCCGGGCGACGGACUUACGAUUUUGAAGUCCUGUGGACUUAAUCUGCGACGAAAACACCGGGUAUGUGCGUGGCUGAACGGGCGGAAAACCUGUAAGGAUUCCUGGACACAGCUACACCAAACGAAAACCGCGGGUUUUUGAAAAGCAAGAUGGCGCCGUACGUGAACCGGAAGUGGAUUCUCGAUGCAGCGCUGACCUCGAACGGUAUGGAGCCAGGUAAGGGGUGUCCCUUAAGUAGGGAGAAGGUGAGUCAUACGCCCCUCCCACAAUUACAGGCCAAAAGGCCUUAAUACUUAUGGCAUUGGCUUAGCGACACAUUCUUCAGUUCUUAUAUUCUGUUUGUCAGAUCUUCAUUGUAAUAAAAAAGGCAGCACUGCAACAUUAACCAUUUAUGGUGAGCAGUUGUUUGGGUUCUGAGGAUUAUCACGUAUCUGUUCCAAACUCUGCACUGCCGGCAGUGAGCCAGGAUCUCCUAGGCAUGAGUUUUCCAUUCGCUCUUCUGAGCUAAGCCCUGCAAUGCACGACCAGCUCAUUGGCUGAGAGUAUCAGCGGAUGGCUCUAAACCAGUGAGCUAAGCCGUUAACUGCAGGGUUUAGUUCAGACAGAGAGCCACAAGUAGUGAAGCCGUGGGGGCAAUGGACUCAGGUUUAAAAAAAAAAAUAAAAAAUAAAAAAAGAAAGCAUUAUAAAAUGGUUUGACCUCUUACAAUUGUGUCCACUGCACACUUGCCACCAUAACCUCUACAGUGCACUGUAGUAGUUAUAGUGCAUGAAGUGUUCCUUUAAAAAUAUAACCCCUGAAUGACCUCUUAGUAACUAGUGAAAUGUAUAUGAUUUAUGGCCAUAAUAUAAGUGUAUAAGUAAUAAUACUUGGCAAAUAUGUGUGUAUAACAUGGCUGAUCAACUUAUUGUAAUUUAAUUUUCUCACUCAAUCUAACUACAUUUCUCUUUGAACUUGAAGAGUUUUUCCAUGGUCAUAAGAUCUUUUAUGGAUACUCUAUUUUAAGACACGACUCCUCCAAAACUAAAAUACACUACCACUAAAGAAUUAUCAGAGUUUACAAUUGAAGCCCCCCUCAAUUACAUUUGUACUAUUUACACAACACAUGCAUUUGACAAUUUUUAAAUUGCACAGUAAUUUGAUUUAACUGGCGUGCAUACACAACUGACACCGGUAUGUUUGAAUUCAACUGGUGUUUUUCUAGCACUAACUAAAUACGACCACUUGAUAUUACUAAAUACACUGCAUCCUUAAUGAUUCCUUUUCUACAAUGAAUGCUUAUAAUAAAAAAACUUGGGCUCUAUCCCUAAUCACUAUGCACAUUUAAAUAACAGUUUUUUUUUAGUAUCACUCCAAUGGCCAUUAAAGUUUAAGCUCACCUGUCAUGUCAAUGCAAAACCUCUCAAGUGAGUCCUAUGCUAACAUUUUACAGAGCUUCAUUUUGUAUGUUAAAAAAAAAACAGGGGCAGAGCCAAGCAGCCAAAGCUGAUGGAUGAACAUGAUAUGGGCUCCAUGUUUUAUUGCUGUAUUCUUGAAAUCCCGAGCAGUUACAUGACCUAAGAAUGGGGGUGCUGGUAUACAUACUUACCAUGGGUUGUAAGACCAAGAAUCAAAAAUCAUAUAAGCCCAGGUUGGGCAUAUAUAGCGAGGAACUCCUGAGACAAGCACAUUGUGCAUGUGGGCCCAAGAUGGCCACCGACCUCAACAACUUUCAGACUCCUCAGAGGAGUUAAUGCUGGGCAGAGUUGCAGUCCUGCCGACUCGUCCACACUCUCAGAUUGACCCACGGAGUGAAAACUCCCAGCCUGUUACUACAGCCACUCUGAAGGAGCUAUUCGCUAACCUCCAGAAAACUAUAGAGGCGGAUGUGGCAACGCUCCACUUAGACCUUACAGGCCUUGUAAAUUGCAUAGGGACUGUGAAAACGGCAUCAGAGAGCCACCAUAUGUGUUUGAAAAUAUAGUGCUCAUAUUUUAUUCUGACCUCUCUGGGGAAACUCUACAAUGGAGAAAGCUUCUGCAACCCAUUACCGCUCUACUCGGGAUCCACAAAAUCUGAUCCAGGUGAUGAUCUCUGCGAAUGCUUCUGGUCUUAUGGGGAGAUGUUACUCACUCUGUCCGACACCUGGUUUGACACUUUCUUAUAUACUUGACUUAUACAAUGUCUACUGCUCUCCGUGGGCAACCCCACCCCCCUUCAAUCUUAGUGGCGGAUACUAGAUUACAUUGACUAUGCCCAGAGGUGUAAAACAAAUUGUGGAUUUCUGCCUAUUGUCCUAAGCUCAAAUAGAUAAUACCAUCAUACAUCUCGGAUGAUUGCUACUAGUUCAGGAAAAUUGCAUACCAAGUCAAUUUUGUUUUAUUUUUACACCUCUUAUUAUUGGCCUACUUAUGUUAGGUAUUGAUAGAUUAGAUGUAUAAUAGAGAUGGUUUUAGCCAACUCCCGCUUAGACCAAAUAAUGUUUUGCCUACUUCACACCUGCUUAGGCUUAUCUAUAUCCCUAAAAACACCUCACUGGUUCCUUUGCUUGUGAUUAUUAAUGUAUCUUGUUUUAUUAUAACUCUGUACUUGUCUUGCAUGACAUUUUUUCUCACAACAGUGGGAUGAGCAAAAAUAAAGAAUAAAAAACAAACACAUCACUGAUGGUUGUGGUAAAAAAAUAAAAGUUGACACAUCAGACAAAAAAAUUAAAUAUGCAUCUCCAGAAAUCCAUUCAGGCUCUGGAAAUGGGCAACUGUUUCACCUGUGAAGAGAUGACAGCUUUUUGUGUGUGUAUGUAUGUAUGUAUGUAUAUGUGUGUGUGUGUGUGUGUAUAUAUAUAUAUAUAUUUUCAUAUUCCAUAGUGGUGCAGAAGUGUUAUGAUAGGCCAACUGACAUAUCAUCCUUUGCUGCUGUAUAAUAAAGAGGUUAAUGACUGCUAACCUUUAUCAAGCUCAAAAUAGAAUAUGGGGACAAGAUAGCUAGUAGAAAGCCAGGAAUCUAUAGAAAAUUAUGUAUGUGAUAUAAUUUGUUGUGUAGCAAGCAUAUCAUCAUACAAACGCCUGGAUAAGUAAUGUUGUAUAUAACAUCUUCCCUCUUUUUUUUUUUUUUUCAUUCAUAGUUUCCCGUUUGUGACGGCUCUCAUAAUAAGCACAACGAGAUAGUAGGAGACAACGUGGGGCCUCUUAUUCUCAAGAAGAAAGAAGUGUAG